AUGUUAGUAGCAAGUAAAGGAGUGCUAGUUCAAUGUGAUCCAUCCAUCAAAGCUUUGAUUAUUCAGAUUGAUAGCUCAAGCUCAGGAAUCAUUCUAGAGGAAUUAGACGAAACACAUUUACUAAUUCAGCAUGAUAAAGUGAACUUUGUUAAAUCCGAACUAAAUCGAUUGCUAUCCAAAAAUAUUUACAAUCCGUUUGAAGAGGAAUAA